CACGAGAGCUAGUGUUACGGAAAUGCAAUAUCAUAUUUAUACCAGCAUAAAGCAUAGCGACGGAAUUUGACAUCCCUGUACUUGCUCGCCCUUCUUUUUUUCCCUUUGUCGCUUUCUUUCCGUCAACUCUUUUCCUGAGACUCGGUAACGUACACACACUCCUUACAACCCCAAUUGAAACAAUGCGCUUCAUCUCCACCGUCCUCGCUUCGGCCGCACUCCUCCAGACAGCUUUCGCUGCAUCUGCCACCGCUCAGUCUAAUGGUCUCUGGUCUUUGUACUAUGACCAUUUGGAAAGCGCCAAGUACAUUGACUUGACCCACACUAUCACUCCUUACAUUCCCGUCUGGGCUGGUUUUGGUAACUCCAACUUCUCUCGCGCCAUCGACCCCAAGACCAACGAGAUUUACACUUAUGCCAAGGAUGGUUUUGAAGCUACCGCUUAUAACUUCAAGACUGACCAAUUGGGUACUCAGUUCGAUCCCCCUGCUCAUUGGGAUCCCUUUGGCCCUGCCAUCGACGAAAUCCCUGCCACUGUUGCUGUUCGUCCUUUGGUUGUCAUUGACAUCACUGCCAAGGUCAAGAAGGACUUUGGAUACCAGAUGGAAGUCGCUGAUAUCCACGCUUAUGAAAAGAAAUAUGGCAAGAUCCCCAAGGGCUCUGUUGUCUUCAUUCGCUCCGACUGGUCCAAGAAAUGGCCAUCCUUGGAACUUCCCCUCUUGACCAAGUUCCCUGGUAUUACACUUCCUGCCAUCAAGUACCUCCACAACCAGAGAAGCAUCUUGUUCCACGGUCACGAACCCUUGGAUACUGAUGACACUCCUACUUUGGAAUCUGAGGACUGGGUUUUGCACCACGGUCAUCCUCAGGCUGAAGGUGUUGCCAACUUGGACAAGGUUGCUCCCAAGGGAUGUCUCGUUAACAUUGGUUUCCCCAAGCUUGCUGGUGGUACUGGCGGUUAUGCUCGUUACAUCGCUAUCUGCCCCUCCACCUGGAAGUAUGGUAUCUCUCCCAAGACCUUCCCUGAAGCUCCUCUUCGCAAGUACAAGAACGAAUUGCUCUGGGAUGAUGAACUCAAGUACAGACUCCGCAAGGACGAGACCUACGCAUAGAUUUGUUAGAUCUGGUAGCUACAUUCCUUGAAAAUACCCUGUUCUUAAAAUCUAUAGUACCGUAUAAUGAGCGGCAUUUUGAUUAUACAAGCUAUGGCUCUGAUCAUUAUUUCAAACAUUAUUAUAAAGUAUUGCCGUAA